AUGAAGAUGCUUGUUUGUAUGUUCAAAUCUCAUUUGCAAACCCUAAUUAUCAAACAUCAAACUCUCCCCAAUUUGAAUCACUGUUUAAUUCGACCCAUCUUUCGUAGCUAUAGCCCCAAAAGAACCAUAGAUUCUUCAGAAUUCAAGAUUUCCUUUCUCAAGAACAAAUGUGGCUUAUCUGGAAAACACCUAAUUCGUGCUUCUAAAUGUGUUCAUUUUGAUUCUUCUGAUCACAGACCCGAUUCGGUUCUCGAGCUAUUCCGAAACUUUGGAUUCCCCCAGCCUAAUAUUACCAGAAUCGUUUCUGUUGUACCCUGUAUUCUUCAGUCCUUAAAACCCGAAAAGCUCUUAAAGCCAAAGCUCGAUUUUUUGCUUUCUAUGGAUAUGUCUCAUGCAAUGGUGGUCCGUACUGUCACCAGAGACCCGCGAAUACUCGCUAGAAGUCUCAACAAACAUUUAAUACCCACUUUUGAUCAGCUUAAGGAUAUUAUUGGUUGCGGCCCAAAUGCAGUUGCUCUCCUUAAAUGCGGUCCUUUUAUUUUUACCAACACCGCCGCAAUGUUGCCUAAUAUUCGGUUUCUCCUUAGACAAGGAAUUCCCAUUUCUCAAAUUUUCAAGUUUGUAAGCCAUUAUUCCCGAAUUUUGUGCUAUCCACAUGACAGAUUCUGUCAAGUCUUUUUGAUGGUCGAGGGCAUGAACUUUGAUUAUUCAUCUUCACAUUUCAUCCAUGCUCUCCAUGCAUUGUCUUUUCACAAUGACUCCACAUGGGAAUCUAGAUGUUUGUUGCUUAGAAGCUUUGGUUUCUCUAAUGAUGAGGUCCUUGAAGUGUUCAAGAAAGCACCACUGAUUAUGUGUUAUAAGGAGAAUCAUAUUAAUAAAAAGGUGGAGUUCUUUCUGAAGAAAUUACAGUGGACACCAUCUAGGUUGUCAUGUAACCCAAAAGUUCUAUGCUAUAGCUUAGAGAAGAGGACUAUCCCAAGGUGUUCAGUUCUGCAAGUUUUAGUCUCAAUAAGCAGCACUAGUAAGAGUUACAAUCUAUCAACAAUUUUGUCGAUAGAUGAGAGAAAAUUUGUCAGAGACUUUGUAAGUGUAUAUAAGGAUGAACUACCCGAGGUAAUGGAGGCAUACCAAGGGAAGCUGAAAUUUGAUGAAUACACUUUCAAACAGAAGGGUGCUGUUAAAUUUCUAGCCAUCAAUUAUUAAUUGGGCAUCAGUCAUAUCACUGACUCAGCAGAAAUGCCAGGAAGAUAAUUAAUGGGAUGAUGUAGUUUUUGUUUAAGACAGUCUAAUCUAUCUUGUAUGUCGAGUAUGCCAAGUUCUUGUAGCUCUUUAGGUUGUCUAAUUGCUCAGAUGUUCUUGACUAUAGCUUGAAUAGAGGACUAUCCCAUGGUGUUCGGUUCUGCAUGUUUUGUUUAUAUGUUAUAUAGAAUAUUGGUGAUUGCAGAGGAAAAAAAUUGUAAAGAUUUUUUGACCUAAUAUACGGAUGAAGUUCCUGAGGCGA